AUGGGGGCCAGGCAGUCAAGUGCCCCCUCCAAGGACAAGAGCGCCAAGCGGAUGGGCCUCCUGCGAGGGAGGCAGAAGUUCUCCCCGUGGGAUGACACCCUGCUCUCGGGAAAGGACCCCCGGUCCCUGCUGAAGCGGGGCAUGCGGCACGUCAGCUUCAACCUGGUCACCAAGGGCAUGACAGACAUCCCUGACUUUCUGUGGGGCUUGUCCGAGGUGCAGAAACUCAACCUUUCCCACAACCAGCUCAGGGUUCUCCCUCCCGAGGUGGGGAAACUGACUCGACUGGUAGUGCUGAAUUUAUGCGGGAAUGGCCUGAAGAGCCUGCCCCGGGAACUCGGCCUCCUCAAAAGCCUGAAGGUGCUGUUCCUGAACAUGAAUUGCCUGACAGAAGUGCCAGCUGAACUGAGCUCCUGCAGAAACCUGGAGGUCCUGAGCCUGUCCCACAACUGUCUGUCCCAGCUUCCCGCCAGCUUCGCUGACCUCUCCAGGCUGCGGAAACUGAACCUUAGCAACAACUAUUUUGUUCACAUCCCCAUCUGUGUGUUUUCACUGAAGGAGCUGGAUUUCUUGCACGUGGGCUCCAAUCGCCUGGAAAACAUUGCGGAGAGCAUCCAGUGCCUAAGCAGCUUGCAGAUCUUUAUUGCAGAGAACAACAAUAUCCACUCCUUCCCCCGCUCUCUCUGCCUGCUCACGAGUCUGGAGCUGCUGAACUUAAACAACAAUGACAUCCAGAAUCUCCCGGAAGAACUCUACCUGCUGUGCAGACUGGAGAGGAUUGCCUGGAAUCCCAUGGACAAAGGGCUCCACAUCUCCUACAAUCCUUUAUCCAAGCCUCUGCCAGAGCUGGUGGAGGGGGGCCUGGAGAUGCUCUUCAGCUACCUGAAGGACAAGAAACACAACUGA